GGAACAAUUAUGUUAUGUCGUCUUACCGCCGGUCUCGACGUGGUCGUUGUCUUCCAGUUGUAGGUUAUGUGGGUGUGUGUGGAGUAUGUGUGUGCCUCUUGUGGGCAGGUGCAAGUGGAAUCAUCAAUUCUCUCCUGGGCUAUGAUAACGCAACUACGAUGAAACCUCGGGAGCCCUCUCCAACCAGUCAAAACAUGCUUCAAAAAACAGUCACAGCAGUGACAACUUCAAACACAAAUAGCUUCCUGGAGACAUUGAACAAUAUUCUUGUCCCAAGAGUUGUCGGAACCCCAUCUCACUCCAAAGUUAAAGAGUAUAUUAUUGGCCAGUUAAAAAAGUUUGGCUGGACGGUGACAUCUGAUUCUUUUACUAAUCAGACACCAAAUUUUGGACCACUUGUGUUUGAAAACAUUAUUGGCCGACUUAAUCCUUCGGCCAAGCAAUAUGUUGUACUUGCUUGUCACUAUGAUUCAAAGUACUUUCCAAACAUGGAAUUUUUGGGUGCCUCUGAUUCAGCUGUGCCUUGUGCAAUGCUUCUCAACCUAGCAGAGUGUCUCCAAGAAAACCUUCACAAACUUAAACACUCUGAUUUGAGCCUGGAACUAUGGUUUUUUGAUGGUGAGGAGGCUUUUGUAAACUGGGGACCAGAUGAUUCUCUUUAUGGUGCGCGUCACCUUGCAAAAAAAAUGGAACGUGAAAAUACUCUAUCUAAAGUGAAAUGUUUGGUGCUUCUUGACCUUUUGGGUCCAUCUAACCCAGUCAUGUAUAAUUAUUAUGAUGAACAAGAGCUGUAUAAACACCUGGUAGCAUCAGAAAAAGCUCUUAGAAUUGGACACUACUUGAAAGGUAGCCACUCUCUUCAGAAUAUUUUCUUCAAGAGCCAGCAAAUUGGACAUUAUGUGGAGGAUGAUCAUACUCCUUUCUUGCAAAGAAAUGUCCCUGUCAUUCAUUGGAUUCCAUCCCGUUUUCCGGAUGUAUGGCAUACAAGUUCUGACAAUUUUGAUGCAAUCGAUAUGGUUACUGUGGAAGACAUGAACACAAUAUUGCGUCUUUUUAUACUAAGAUACUACAAUUUAUAAGUAACGUGAGUGGUCUCAUAUCAUAGUUUUGGGGUAUUUUGGCAGCUAUCUUUUUCUCUUUUACAAGUAGCUUCAUGCUCUUAUAAUAUGAGAAUUAUGCCUUUGAACUGAUUUCAAUUUAUUAUCUUUAGUUUUCUUUAUUUGGUGUCUGAUAGUCGGCCAAAGAUUUUGUGGGAAGAUUUAAGAAACUGUGAUUGCACUUUGCUUAUUUUGUUAGUAUCCUUACUUUUAUUGACUCUCCAUAGGAAAGUUCUUUUGUUACAUCACCAAGCACAGUAUUAAUCAUUUGUUAAAGGAACUGUCAGCCAAAAACUUAAUGUCAUUUCUCAUUUAAUACACUGCAGGGAAGCUAAGUUUCUGUUCUCUGGGGGGGAGCAAUCACUGUUAAUGUCUUGCGGGUCUAUUCAUGAGAAUAAACGUGCGUGGUACCGUCCAGCUUGAAACCUGA